UUGUGUUCUUUCCUCUUAACCUGGGUAUUGCCAAAUUCAGGAACUAGACAGAGUUCUGUACUUGCUAAGGCUGGCAGCAAAAAGACCAGCUGAAGAAUGCCGUGGCUCGGUGGGCCUGGGUCAGACUUCACCUGCCCCAGGGAGAGAGAAGCAGCCACCUGAUCCAUGAAGGGCAGAAGUGAGCUGAACCACCUUUGCAGGGGAACGUGGCUUCUUGCACAGGAAGUGCAGCAUUGGCAUACAGUAGCUUCUCGCGGUAGUGUGGACCAGGCCUGCUGCCCUCCUCUGACUCCAGGGACCUCUGGGGGAGCUGGGUCCCUUACUGGCUGGAGAGCAUCAGCGUGAAGGCUACAGGCAGCUGAGAACCGGAGGGACACACCCUGCUGGUAAGUGCAAGUGCCCGGGCCAUCAGUCAACGUGGCAGGCCCUGUGCAGACUUCAGCCAAGUGCGCAGGAGGAGAGAGUCCAGAAUCUCAGGGCAAGAGGAGGGCUGGUUGGAGAGCAGAACUUGGGUGAAUAUUUUCCUGAACAAUAUGACUUCUCACACCUGAAAUUAUUUUAAGUGCUCAAAAAAACAAGGGACACAGUCAUUGGAGGAGGCCUACCCUAACAACCUCAUUUUAAAGGCUCAGUCUCCAAAUACAGUCACGCUCUGAGCUCAUGCCCGUGGGGCUCUGCCAGGAGGAAGCUGGGGGCAGGACCCACGCCAGGAGGUGGCUGGCACAGUAUGGAGCGCCCGAGCAGGAUGGAGUUCUUCCAGAAGUUGGGCUACAGCCGGGAGGAUGUGUUCAGGGUGCUGGGCAAGCUGGGAGAUGGUGCCCUGGUCAAUGACGUGUUGCAGGAACUGAUCCAGACGGGCAGCCGCCCUGGGGCCCAGGAGAGCCCUGCCAGCAGCACUGGGCCUCUGCUCGUUCCCCGGGGCUCCUGUGGAGUCCCAGACUCUGCCCAGGGGGGCUUGAGGUCAGCCCUAGAAGAGGACUGUGGAGACUUGGCCAGCUCCCUGCGUCCCAUAGUGAUCGACGGCAGCAACGUGGCAAUGAGCCAUGGAAAUAAAGAAGCCUUCUCUUGCCGGGGAAUCCAGCUGGCUGUGGACUGGUUCAGGGAGAGAGGUCACACCUACAUCAAGGUUUUUGUCCCAUCCUGGAGGAAAGAGCCAUCACGAUCUGACACCCCUAUCAGAGAGCAGCACGUCCUGGAGGAACUGGAGCGACAGGCAGUGCUGGUUUACACCCCGUCCCGCAAGGUGAACGGCAAGCGGGUGGUCUGCUAUGACGACCGCUACAUAGUAAAGGUGGCCUACGAGAAGGAUGGCAUCAUCGUCUCCAAUGACAACUACCGUGACCUGCAGAAUGAGAACCCAGAGUGGAAGUGGUUUAUUGAGCAGAGGCUACUCAUGUUCUCCUUUGUCAAUGAUAGAUUUAUGCCUCCUGAUGACCCCCUGGGCCGACGUGGACCCACUCUGAGCAACUUCCUGAGCAGGAAGCCGAGGCCUCCAGAGCCAUCCUGGCAGCACUGCCCCUAUGGCAAGAAAUGCACCUACGGCAUCAAGUGCAAGUUCUACCACCCUGAGAGGCCGCACCACGCGCAGCUGGCUGUGGCUGAUGAGCUCCGGGCCAAGACGCGGGCCUGGCCCGGCGGGGGCGCCGAGGAGCCGCGGCCGCCGAGCGCCCGGGGCGGCCCCGCAGCAGCCCGGCCGCUCCCCCGGGAACCCGGCGCGCACUGCCUCCCGCGGGCGCCGGGGGCCGCGGACCUGGCCGCCCUGCGCGCGAGCUUUUCGAGGCUGCCGUUCAGCGACGACCCCGCCGGCGGCUUCGCGCUCGAGCCUCGCGGUUCUGACUGGGCGCCCGGGCCCUCCUCCUCGCCGGCGGGCAUCUCUGCCACCCCGGGGCCUCCCGGCCCUGGGGCGCUGGCGCCGGGCCUGCGCAGCCUCCCAGGACCGCAGAGCCCCUUCGUCCCCGGCGACCUCCCGUCGCCGCAAGUUCAGCCGCGGGGCGCACUUGGGCCCAGGGACCUGCGCGGUGACCUGCUUCCCCAGCGCAGACCUCCCGACGACCCGUGGGUCGGUCUGUCCGGAUCCGAGCACUUUCUGGGUGGCUCGGUCUGGGCGGAGCCGUCCUGGGGCGACGGCGCCUUUGGGGGAACUCUGGGGUCUGCUCACAGGGCCGUGGACAGAGAGGUGGACGCUCGCGCCCAUGAGCGCACUGCGCUCUGUAGCGUCUUCCCUCCGGACCAGGUGGACAGCGUGAUGGCGUCCUUCCCCGCCCUCUUCGACCUGGCCAGGAUCAUCCUUCUCAUGCAGCGAUCCCAAAGGGCUGACGCGCGAUUGGGAAACCCCUAAGGGACCCAUCCACGGCGCGGAAUGGCCUUGCCGCUUGGGCUGGUGAACAAACAGCUGCCAGCCUGGGCCUGAGCAGCCCCCUCCCCUGCCAUCGGGUAAAAUGGUCAGGGGAGCGUGCUUCCCGCUGCUCACUUGAGGAUUGUCACUGAGGUCUGGGCCUGCAGUGUGGAGGGAGUGGUUUCUGAUGUGCUUGGAAGACUGCAGGUUUUACUGCAGCUCCAGUGCUUUGUCCAAGACAAAGCGUUUGUUUUUCGUUUGUUUGUUUUGGAUACUGGGGAUUGAAACCAGCCACUGAGCUAUACCCCCAACCCUUUUUAAAAUGUGGAGACUUGAGUCUCGUUAAACCACCUAGGAUAGAACUUGUGAUCCCCUGGCUCAGCCUCUGGGGUUGCAGAGAUUACAGGGCUGCGUCACCACACCAAGCUCUAAACAAAGCUGUGUUUGUGUCUCAGUAGAAAGGGUGUCCACAAGUGGGUCACCACCACACACAGACAGCAGAAUAGGAACUAUCAUAGACAAUCCAUGUACUCAGACUGCGUAUCAACUCUCUUUAAUGUGUAAACUUAGUUUGGGUCAUGGUCAAAAGUUUGAUAGAGACUCGUAAAGAAUCUUGCAUUUCACUGCCUCAAGAAAUGUUUGAAAGAUGUAGUCAGGUGGCCUGGGGAGGUUCUGCUAUCUGGAAGUUGGCUAUUGCUAACCUCCCUCACAAGGGGAACCUAGCCUUGUGUGGCUGGGCUGGGCUAAGGUGUAUGUGAUCCUGAGGGUCUGCUCAUGAGGACUUCACCCGCUUUCCACACACAUAUCACACCAAGCAUCACACUCAAAUAUAACACAUCUCACACACACACACACACACACACAUACACACACACAUUGCUUCACUCAGGGUUUUGCCUCUGUUUUUUUUUUUUUUUCAGUCAUCCAUCAUGGUAGUUUCCAGAACAAGCCCUUCUAAGCCACACUUAAAAUAAACAGGUGUCCAAGAAUCAGGCUUUUUUUUUUUUUUCCUCAAAAGCCUCCAGGUGAGUCAGUGGAGAGCUGGGCUCUCCUGGAGGUUUAUACCACUUCCCACUUGUGUUGCUUCUUCAGGUUGCUACUGCUCUGGGGCUUAGGGGAAAGAGGCCCACCUGUUAGCUAGAGACAAGAAAUGAGACAGUGCCACUAGACCUGGACGCCUGCAUCCUCAGGGGCCCUGGCAUUGCCGGGUGGCACCCACCCAUUCUGUACAGUGGCAGCUCUCCAGGUUGUGCAUUUGCAGACUUGGUAACUCAGCCAUCCAGAGAGCAGGUGAGGCACCCGCCGGUGGAGAUCCAGUCCCCAACACCUGCAAGUUCCUGCUAUCUGGCACACACACUGGGAAACUCUUUCUGGUGGAUUUCUAGGUUAUUAUAAGCCCUCUCAUUUAUGGUAAACGCUGCUCUGUGGAGAUAUAAGCAAUGUUAUGCCUUCCUGUGAUUUCUUCCUCUUUUUAAGUCAGAUUCUCAGGGAUCCUGAGGCUGGAGGAAUGCAUGUUUGAAGCAUCUGCGAUGACUUAGCUAGACUCUGUCUCAAAUUUUAAAAAUGGGCUAGGGAUGCAGUUCAAUGGCAGGGUACAUGCCUAGCAGGCAUAAGGUCUCUGGUUCAAUCCCCAGUGCUGAAACAACCAAAUAAACAAGGAAAAAUAAACAAGCAAACAAAAAUCAGAUUCUCAGUAUGGUUUCAGCCAGAUCUGUCCCCUACCUCUUUUUCCCAGUGGACGCUGCACCUGCAGUGUUGCUUUAUCAUCCUGUAUCAUUCAAAUUUUCCUCACAAUGGACAAGAUAAGCUCAGUGUUAGAGCUGCUUUGUGUUUCCCUGGCUUUUGAUGGGGAAUCACUGCAUUGCUAAUUUACAGUUGGGAAUGUUUAAGUUGCUUCCUAUGAGGAUAUGUUUGAGUUUUAGUAAGCUGUAAAGCUAUUUUCCUUGGUUUGCUGUGAUUAAGACAAAUAAAAAAAAAAAGUGAAGAAACAGCACAUUUCAAGUGUAAUCCCCUUUGGAAAAUUUCCAAAGUCUUAGUAUGUCUUUGUGACACAAAAACACGGAUGGGGCCGGUAAAUGGAAUGUUCCUAGUUGCAUAGCUGUUACUGUGUUCCAGAAAUAAAUCACUUUUACCACACCUGGA